AUGGCAUUUCGCUUGACACAUUUGCGAAAACCUCUUGCUUAUUCUCGGUCCUUUGAUGUUUGCAUUCCAUUUAUCCGGUCAAUCUCUUCCUUUGAAGGGGUUGAGAAGGCUAUAAAAUGUGCUGUUGAAACAAAGGAGUAUCUUCGAAUCCCUGACCUUGUUGUUUCACUCAGUGAACCCUACCAAAACUCAAAGUUGUUCUCUUUUCUCUCUGCUUUCCAACAUCAUCAUAGAAUCCGAGUCAUUGACGAAAUCCUCCAAAGUUUUGUGCCCGUGAGACCUCGUUCGUUGCCCAAGAUUGUUUACUCCAGCCUUCUUACUUACUGCCUUCAGAGUUCUGAUCCACUUCCUUUGUCUUUUGCAAUUCUCCAACGUACGCUUCGUUCUGGAUGUCUUCCUAAUCCUCAGACUCACCUCCUUCUGUCUAAUGCUUGGCUUGAACGUCGACGAGGAUCCCAGUCUGUUGCAGACAUUCUUAAUGAGAUGAAAUUGAUUGGAUAUAGUCCUGAUACUGGAACUUGCAAUUAUUUAGUGUCCUCUCUGUGUGCUGUUGAUAAGUUGAAUGAGGCGGUUAAAGUUAUGGAGGAAAUGAGUGCAGCUGGUUGUAUUCCUGAUGUGGAAAGUUACGGGGCAGUGAUUAAUUCAAUGUGUUUGGCUAGAAAGACUAGCGAUGUGGUGAAGAUUGUCAAGGAAAUGGUGAGUAAAGCUGGAAUUUCUCCACGGAAAGGGAUGCUGACAAAAGUAGCAGCAGGUUUGAGAGCCAACAGGGAAAUUUGGAAAGCCAUCGAGUUGAUCGAGUUUGUAGAAAGUCGAGAUUACCCUGUGGAAUUUGAGAGUUAUGAGGUAGUAGUUGAGGGUUGCCUAGAGGUUAGGGAAUACAUUUUGGCAGGGAAGAUGGUGAUGAAAAUGACUGAUAGAGGGUUCAUACCAUAUAUCAAGGUUAGGCAAAAAGUGGUCGAGCGUCUGAUUAGCAUCGGUGAAUGGAAGCUUGCUUGUACUGUUAGACAAAGGCUUUCGGAACUGAGGUCUUAG